AGUUAUCGCGUCACCUCGACGUCAGCCUCUCACCUCUUGGACGUCGCGUCCCGAGAGCUGAACUCCAGCGACUUUGGGCUCCGCCCCCGUGAGGGUGGCGGCCAAUGAGAGCAGUCCUGCGGGGAGCCGGGCCAGUGAGACGAGCUCGGGGCGGGGCCUGGGGCAGGAGGGUGGGGCUGGUGGCGGCAGUGGCAGCCCGAAGUCUGGCUGCGCGCAGUAUAUGACAGUACGUCAGCAGCGGGAUGGCCGUAGCUGUGGCGGCGGCUGCAGAAGCCCGAGCAGCCGCGGCCACAGAGGAGACUAGAGCCGGAGCGGCGUCGGCGGCGGCACCCCGGGGAGUUUAAGAUGGCGGCAGGGGGGGCGGCGGGCCUGCGGGAAGAGCAGCGCUAUGGGCUGUCGUGCGGACGGCUGGGGCAGGACAACAUCACCGUACUGCAUGUGAAGCUCACCGAGACGGCGAUCCGGGCGCUCGAGACCUACCAGAGCCACAAGAAUUUAAUUCCUUUUCAACCUUCAAUUCAGUUCCAAGGGCUCCAAGGGCUUGUCAAAAUUCCCAGAAAUGAUCCUGUCAAUGAAGUGCAUACGUUUAACUUCUAUUUGUCAAAUGUGGGUAAAGACAACCCUCAGGGCAGCUUUGACUGCAUCCAGCAAAGGUUCUCUAGCUCUGGAGCCUCCCAGCUCAAUUGCCUGGGAUUUAUACAAGAUAAAAUUACAGUGUGUGCGACAAACGACUCAUAUCAGAUGACUCGAGAAAGAAUGACCCAGGCAGAGGAGGAAUCCCGAAACCGAAGCACAAAAGUGAUCAAACCUGGCGGACCAUAUGUAGGGAAAAGAGUGCAAAUUCGGAAAGCACCUCAAGCUCUUUCAGAUGCAGUGCCUGAAAGGAAAAGGUCAACCCCCAUGAACCCUGCAAAUACAAUUCGAAAGACAUACGGCAGCAGCAGUGUUUCUCAGCGGCCAUAUAGGGACAGGGUGAUUCACUUACUGGCACUGAAGGCCUACAAGAAACCUGAGCUGCUGGCCCGACUGCAGAAAGAUGGUGUCAAUCAAAAAGACAAGAACUCCCUCGGAGCAAUUCUGCAACAGGUAGCCAAUCUGAACCCUAAGGACCUCUCAUAUACCUUAAAGGAUUAUGUUUUUAAAGAGCUUCAGAGAGAUUGGCCUGGAUACAAUGAAAUUGACAGACGGUCAUUAGAGUCAGUGCUCUCAAGAAAACUAAAUCCAUCUCAGAAUGUUGCCAGCACCAGCCGUUCAGAAUCUCCCGUAUGUUCUAGUAGAGAUACUGCAUCUUCUCCUCAGAAACGGCUUUUAGAUUCAGAUUUCAUUGAUCCUUUAAUGAAUAAAAAAGCUCGAAUAUCUCACCUGACAAAUAGAGUGCCGCCAACAUUAAAUGGUCAUUUGAAUUCUACCAGUGAAAAAUCAGCUGCAGGCCUCCUGCCACCCCCUGCAGCUGCUGCCAUCCCCGCCGCUCCACCACUGCCUUCAACCCACCUGCCCGUCUCCAACCCUCCUCAGACUGUAGAUUCUAACUCCAAUUCCCCGAGCACUCCAGAGGGCCGGGGGACUCAAGACCUGCCUGUUGACAGUUUUAGUCAAAACAGUAGUAUCUGUGAGGACCAGCAAGACAAAUAUACCUCUAGGACUUCUCUGGAAACCUUACCCUCUGAUUCAGUUCUACUAAAGUGUCCAAAGCCUAUGGAAGAAAGUCAUUCAAUGUCUCACAAAAAGUCUAAAAAGAAGUCUAAGAAACACAAGGAAAAAGACCAAAUAAAGCAACACGACAUUGAGAUGAGUGAGGAGAAGGAAGAGGACCUGAAAGGAGAGGAGGAAAUUGCCAAGCUGAACAGCUCCAGGCUGAGUUCCAGUGAAGGAGUCAAAGAGGGUUGCACUGCCUCCACGGAGCCUUCUUCAACAAUUGAACUCCCAGAUUAUUUGAUAAAAUAUAUUGCUAUCGUCUCCUAUGAGCAACGCCAGAAUUACAAGGAUGAUUUCAACGCAGAGUAUGAUGAAUACAGGGCCUUGCAUGCCAGAAUGGAGACUGUAGCUAGAAGAUUUAUCAAACUGGACGCGCAACGAAAGCGCCUUUCUCCAGGCUCAAAAGAGUAUCAGAAUGUUCAUGAAGAAGUCUUACAAGAAUAUCAGAAGAUCAAGCAGUCCAGUCCCAAUUACCAUGAAGAAAAAUACAGAUGCGAGUAUCUUCAUAACAAGCUGGCUCAUAUCAAAAGACUGAUAGGUGAAUUUGACCAACAGCAAGCAGAGUCAUGGCACUAGAGCUCCUCUUGAACCAGAAGAUGUGAAUAAACUUAAACUUAUUUAUUUAAAAUUCCAAAUGAGUUGCUCUAAGAUUCUAAAAAAAUGAAACUUUGCCUGUUGAAAGUUUCAGUAUUUAUAAACUUGAGUUACUUUUUUCCCCUCCCAUUUUUCUUUCCUGCAUUUUUGAAGCUGCUUUUUCUCGUCCUUUUCUCCUCCUCGAGACUUGUGUUUGUCAAUAGAAGUAAUUUUUGUUUAGAUAUUGGGGAUCCAGUAUCUAUACUUUAAAUCAGUUGUUUUCUUAAAACUUAUUUGUAAUUAGAAAUGAUUUUUUUAGAUAUUGGGGACCCAGUGUCCACACUCAAAUUUAUGUGUGUUAAAAACAAACAAACAGUAAUGUGCAAGGUGAAAUGCUUUUGGACAAACAUAAGCCUAUUUUCUGACUUUUCUUAAUGCAAACUCUUUGCCUUAAAUGGUAGAAUAUUUAGAAAUUUGCACAAAAUACAAAAAAAAAUUAAAACAUUGUUUUGGAGGGUUAAGAAAUAGGUCUGUGAGUAUGUAUGUGUGUGUAGCUACACAUACACAUAUGUAUAUACAAGCUGAUUUGAUCUAGAGCAGUAAAGCGCCCUGCAAGUUAACCCCCCAUUGCAAUGGUUGCCUUAAGGUGUUUGCUAGUUGUGUACAUAGUGUGGUUAAUCAUUAGCUACACUGCUUCCCAUUUGAUUGGAGCAAUGGGAAGCACACUGUGGCCUACCAGCGUCUGAAAGCGUGUGCGCGACCUGUGUGUGUGCAGAGGUGGUAUGGGUGUGAGCGUGCAUGAAGGAAAAAAAGCUGCUACUCUCAGUAGGCCAAACGCUCAGGUUAAACAACUGACGAGUGUUACUGUAGGUUUUUGUGUGUUUUUUUCUGUCAAAUUGCUACUUCUUUUGUGAAAGACAAAAGCAUUUCCAUUUCAACAGUUUGUCAGCUUUGUCGUUGGGCAAAAUUGAUAUGUUAUGAAAAUGAAACAAAUCUAUAGUUUUGGGGCAAAAUUAUAAAAUUAAAUAUGUAGGUAACCUAUUUAUAUACUGCUAUAAAGUAUUUUUUGAAGAGAGAUGUGCAAAGAAGUUAUUACCUACAUGAAAUGUAUAUUUAAAGAUUUUUUUCUUCAUCCUGGGUGCCAGGAAUAUAAAAAAGAGCGGAUAUAUUUAACCAUAGCAUACUGUGAUUCAUCAAACAGCACAAACUUUCAUUUCAUGGAGUUUAUCUGUUGACGUUGAUUUAAACUAUCACUUGUUUUAUCAUGUGGGAACAUAAGUUAUGUCAAAAAUGUAAGGAUUUUGAACUAAUGUUGAUUCAAGUUGUGUUGUCUUACCGUAUUGUCUUUUCAAAGUGCUGCCAGUUAAAAAGGGAAGCAUUAUGUUUACAAAUCUGUUUUGAAAUGUUUGCCAAAAUUUUGGUAGUAUCUUUAAUAAAGAUGUUUGUGUCCAGCAUCCAAAAAAAUAAAUAAAUAACUUUGUUGUGUAUGGCUGUAAACCAGAAAAUGUUAGUAUCUAGAAAACCUGAGAGAGCAUGUAGAUGAACUUUCUCUUGGAGUUCUUCUAAAACAUUAACUGGAAAGAGUAGAUAAUAUAGUAAAAGUAUACAAACUAUACAAAGACUAAAACAAUACCCUCUACACUAUAACUCUAUAACAUUACUGCAGAAAUUUAAUUUCUAUGUAGCUUGAACCUCCUAGGCAAUUCGAUUUCUUUUAGCAUUGAGAUCCCUGGUGCUCUUCCUUUUACCUCAGAAUUGGUACAAUCAUUAUUAAAUGUUCAUUGGUUUCAAACUUUCAGUUGGAAAAAAGGUAGGAAAGGAAACUUAAUUGAGGGUAAAUUUGGUCCUCAUUAUAGUGGAGUCUGCUGAGGGAUUUGUCUGAAGGUAAUGACCUCAUUGGUGUCAUUUCUUGUACAUCUUCACCUUUUAAUCAAAGAUUGUGUGCUGCUAUUUGCUAUGAGUGGUGUUUCUCAAAAACAAGGUGCUUGGACCACUUACAUCACCCAAAUUUGAAUCUCUGGGUAUAGGGCCCAAGUAUCCAUCCAUAUUUUCAUAAGUAUCUUCCAGGUGGCUUUUGCAAGCUAAAGUAUGAGAACCAUUGACUUGGAUAUAAACCUUAGGUCUCUAAAUCUCAAAGUCUUGAAGUUAAACUGUUGGCUUUUUUUUUUUUUAAGCCCAUCUCUAUCAGCAGGUGCACAUCACUUUUCCCCUCUGCAAGAUGUGAGGCACCCUCUUAAUUAUUUCACUGCCAACUCUUAUUUUGGAACUUGUUUACAGACAAGUCUUCUAGUUGGUUAAUUGUUAGGUUAGCCCUUGGAGCUCCUACCCACCUACAUCAGCGCAUCUUCUGGUUUACAAAUUGGGUAAUAAUAGAAGGUGGAGAUGCUCCACAAAAAUCCAGCAUUGCACACCCACAAACUUGACCACCAACCUUUAAAAGCCUUAAUUUAGAUGUUUGUUGUAUACCUUGGGCAGAUCCUUAUAAAAUGUGUAUCUGUCUAUCAGUUGUAAAUCUCUGACUCUGUUAUUACCCCAGGUUGCAUCUUUUUUGAAGAUGGGCAUAAACCUAUUCAUGUCCUACUGCUAGAUUUUUAAAUACUCUCAAAUAUUUGCUGUGGGGAUGAGUGGUCACUUAGUAUCAGUUACUCUGGUUGAAGAAUUUAUUUAGUUUUUUCAAAAGAAAUAUUAAGUGUAAAACAGCAUUGUCCAGAUGAGAGAAUGAGUUAUGUUGUUGUGUUUUCAUCACAUUUCAUCUAAAAUAAUUUGAAGCACUCUUGAAGAUUUUUACCAACACUCAUAAAUUAAUUCUAGAUUGAAUGAGCAGCUGACUUAAUACAAACCAAAAAGAAUAUUAACUAGAUGUGGUUUUGUUUUUAUGUGGGGAUUUCUUGUUGAGUUUUAUUUCUCAUGGAGUAAUUUAGAGGGUUAACUUUCAGCUCUAAGUAGUGGUAGAUGGUCAGGACUGGCUUUCUCAAAGGUAAUUGGUGUGGUCAGUUUCUAUCAUUGCUCCAUGCAUUGAUUAUAAAAAUUCAGUAUUUUCUUUCAUCUCCAAUUGAUCUUUUAACUGUUAGAGGAGUUUUCUUUUCCCUUAAAGUAUUUCACUUUAUUAUGUAAAACAAAUGCAUACUUGCAUGUUGGAAGCAAGAUAUUGAAAUGAGGUUCAGCCACAAAUGGUCCAUUAGUUCCAACAUUGCUUGGUUGCCUUACCUCUUGCAUUACUUUAUUCUUUGCUUCUGGAACUUGCCUGAAACUCUUUAGCCAGUUCAUUGUCUUUCUGGCAGUGUGAGUGUUGUCACGUGUGCUUGGUGUACGCCUUUACUACUUACGAAGUUCUUACAGUUUAUUACUUGCCCAAGUGUUACUAAACCCUUUUCUUACAUGUACCAGAUGGGGGGAAAUUUAUAACCAGCACUUUGAGAGGAACAUUUUGGGAAAGGAUAUUUAACUGACACUACUAAGUGAAGGCAACAGAAGAUGUUAUCCAUGUUCUUUGUAACCUGAAAACUGAACAAGGCUGUGAGGCUCAUUUCAAAAUACUUUGAAGUGUUAAAAACUAUAUAUAUCUAUGCUGUUUCUCAGUUGUUCCAACCAAACCAUGUUAGGACUCUUGGAGGUAAAAUGUCACAGGGACUUGUCAGUUCUUACUGAGCUAGCAGCUGUGGUGGCCCCUGUUGUUCUACAGCAAUUUCAAUUCAAUAAAAAUGUUAACAUUGCAA